AAUGCAUCUCAGCUCUGAUUGUUUUGCAUAGAAAUGCCUCCUCUGAGGAUACCACUGUUCCAAUGUCUGCGCAAUCGAGCUCCACAAGCCCCAUCUCUACGACGGCGAAUAUGCACCACUCCCAUCCUCCGCAGAGCUCCCCGAGUCCAACGAACCACCUCCCCUAUCAACGCCCAAAUCGAAGCUGCUAAGCUGCGGAUGAAGAAGCAAAGCAAAGCUGGAAUUCCCAAAAUUAGCUUCUACGAACAAGAUGCGGACCGGCAAGCUGCACCGAUCAAAGUUGGCUCCAUUGAAACCCCCGAGGACCUCCGCCGCUACCAGGCCGAGGCUCAUAGACAAGCGAGUCUGGAUGUUGAGGACGACAAUACACGGACAGAUAUAUUCAGCGAUCUGAUCAAAGAUCCGGACCUAGCGGAUGCGAAAUUGGAGCUGAGGAGUAUGAGGAUGGAUAUGGUGGGGGACGGGAAAUGGGGGAAAGAGGAGAGGGAGCUGGAUCGUAUAAGGAAGAGGCAGGUCAUUGCGGACUUGUUGCAAGAUCCAGAAAUGGCAGAUCAACAUGAUGAGUUGAAGAGGAUAUUGAGAGAGCUCCCGAAUAUGGAGGUCGAAAAUGAAGAGUUUGGAGAGGAACAAUUGAGGGAGGAGAUGCAAGAGCUGGAUGCUUUGAGCGACAGCCCGCUCGUUGAAGGGAUGAGUGAUGAGGAGCUUGUGGCCCAAUUGCAGGUUAUUGGAAAGGACUUGGAUGAUCCUGAGCUAAAAAAGGAGUUUGCAAAGUAUGAGAAUGAGCAUGAGGAAGAAGCCGCGGUGAUGCUCCGGGAAUUGAGGGAAUACGAGAAAUCGAAGGGCUUCAAAGUUAAACCGGGCGAGGAAGAUGCCGAAGAUUUAGGAGCGCACAGAGGACUCGUACAAUUUUCGAAUCAACAGACACCACCGAUAGCCUUAGAAGCGACUACAGCUUCAGACGUCGAAACCCCGCCAUCGACUAUGCAGGAGACACGUAUCAGCACAGAUCCAAACGCAAUCUUGACCAUCGAAGACCGCAUCACUCUCGCGCAACGGGAUCCUGAGCAUCGUGUCGCACUCAAUCGCCUUGCCCUCAAGCCGGAUUCAGAUCCAGCAAUCAAGCAUCUCAACGCCGUCCUGCGUACCGCCUAUAUGGGUGCGAACGAAGACGUACGGAAAGCUCUCUGGCGAGCUUACUCGCGCGCUAAGCGUGUCCCUGGAUUCCUCGAAAUGAUUCCCGAAGACGCUUGGGACAUGCUUUGGUACUCACAAGCUGUCAAAUGGAAGGGGAACGAGAACCGAGAUGAGCAUAUGGCUAUUUUACGGCGCGAUUUGGAGAGCAUUGGGAUGGAUGGUCCGCCGACGCCCGAGGAGAUGAUCGAAUAAUUGGAUCGAAUGCAUUUGCAGCAACAUCAGUAUCCUCUAGAUUCGGAUCACAUGCGAGCUAUCUUUCCUCCACUCAGAAUUGGCGAUUGUACGAUGGUUAAGAAGUAUAUCGGUGUACUCCUAUGGCACUUGUAAUUGGUUUGUUCAGCCGCCAUCGGAUUUGCGUCCGGCAGCAUCAUGCAUGCUAGCAACCUUUUAUCAAGGAUUUUCCAGCAAUGUGUCAUUCUGUCUCAGCUUACGGCGCUCCUCGUGGCGACUUGAAUAUUUUUUUGACGGCGUUCUAUGUUCCCUCCUCAUACACUGUGCUAGAGGCACGAUCAUUAUGGCAUUAUACCCUAAUAACGACUUGUAUACUAUGUAUAUUAUGAACUGUAAAACAGGUCUCUAUUAUCUGAGACUAGUCUCAUCGGACUUUCCAGACAGUUUCUCACCACUUCGAAC